CAAUUAUGUUUUUUAUUUAUGUGGACUUCAUCUUCACAUUUACCCACCUUCAGCUUUGAUGCAGCCACUGUUCAUCCCACAUAGGAUAAAGUUUUUCAUAAGUGUUUUUGACUGCUCAUUGAGCAGAGGGUUUUGCCAGGUGGUAAGCCCUGUGGGUAUUCAAACAAACACUGAUCAGGCAGACUCUGUGCCAUCUCUUACAAUCCAAUGCUCUCACAUUUCUUGUACAGUCCCUUAACCCCACUUUGGUGGUCUUUCCAGCAUUCAAAGAGUAAUUGUCAGUCAUCAUGAGAUCGACAUGAAAACCAGUACAGUGUAUUAUCAUGGUUAUCAUUCUUUUCCAACUUUCAAGACUCUGGUGGGCUCCAAUCAACUAUCUCAGCUACACUCUUUCAAUAGCAGACAACAAAACAAGUUCUGCAUGAGCUCCUAGCUCCACGAUGCAGAGGAGACCGCCUCCAAUUCCUGUGCGCCGUUCUGUCGACCAGUCGGGGUCGCCGCGGUGCCCGCAGUAGCGCCUGCCGCGGAACCGUGUCCGCCACAGCAGCUGGCGGAGACUGCAGACACAGUGGACGUGGCAGACACUCGGCCGGACCGGACAGCAGUGGAGGAGACGCGGCCGGACAGGACAGCAAUGGAGGAGACGCGGCCGGACCGGACAGCAAUGGAGGAGACGCGGCCGGACAGAGCUGCCGCCGAGGAGGCGCGGCCAGACAGGCUGAUGACCACCUCCUACUCGGAGAUCUGCCCGUUCGGCGGCUCGGGCGGCUCGAGCGGCCGCUCCAGCGCGCUCGGGUGCGGCAGCGACACGCUGCUCUCGCCCGACCUGUCGCCGGCCACCCCGGAGCAGCCGGCGGUCCCCUCUGAGGGCGCCGGCCGCGGGUCGCCGCUGCGCCCUUCCGCCGCGCUGCUGGACGAACUGGAGCGAGACGCCCGCCGGCUGGCCGCCGCCGCCGACGGCCUGAUCGAGAGCCUCACCGGCACCAUGUACAGCAUCUCGUCGCUGGCCGUCGACUCGAUGGAGGCUUACAGAGACGCCGUCUGCAAAACCUGCGACAGCGUGGAUGCCAACAUUAAGGCGAUGUAUCAGCUGAUGGCCAAGACCGAGGAGCUCAACAAGGCCGUGAAGCAGGUCCACCCACUGGCCGUACAGGUGCGUGAGCUCAAACGGCUGCUCGAGCUGUUCGAGGGGGCCGUGGUGGCCGGCAGCUGAGCCGACGCAGACACAGAUAGCUGAGUUGGGGGACUCUUACAGCUCAGUUGGGGAAUUCGCGCCGCUGAGGUGGGAACUGUUAACGCUGAGCCGAGAGGUCCGUACUACUUAGCCAAGAGAUCCGUAUAACUGAGCUCAGAGACUUACAAUUCAAAUUAGAGACUCGCACACCUGAGUUGGGAGACUCAUGGACAAUUGGACAGCCGAGCCGGGAGACUCGGGGGACAACGGAGUCGGGGGACCCGUGCAACUUAGUCGAGACACU